AUGGUGACUGAAUCCAACAUGGCAAACGGCGUCGCUCCCUCCCAAGGGGGCUUGGCCCUUAUCAAGCGCAUGUCUCCAUACUGGGACUCUCACAUGUCCAUCCCCGUGAUGGACUGGAUGCUCUCCAACGAGAUGAUCACGCCCGAGGAGCGACAGCAACUGGGUCAAAACCUCCUCGGCCAGGCUGCGACAACCCCGGAGGGGCGCGCCGCGGUUGAGGCAGAGAUCCGCGAAGUCGAGGCGAAACUCGUCAAUUUCAACAACGCCAUCGAGGCCUACAAGAAGGAGCAGCAGAAGCGCAUUGGAGGCUACCCAGAUCGCAAGACACUUGUCGAUCUGAGCGAAUGGUGGAUGACGAACUCGGGACAGACCCCUGCGCCGCCAGCACUCGAGUUGGGCGUCGACGCCCUCGUUCCGCGUCUCGCAAAGCUGUACUACGACAUCGGCGACUACAAGAAGUCGCUGCAGCAGCUCCAGUAUAUGCUGACCACGCUCUACGAGCUCCUGGCUGAGGGCACCAACACUCAGACGCGCAUGGCGUGCUACUGGGGCGUGUGCGCGUGCAUUAUUCUCCUCCACCAUCAACAAAACGAAAACCGGUCGGCGACUCCGGAGGAAACGGAGAAGAAGGAAGCCGAACAAGAGGAGGAACUCCUGCAGACUCUGGACAACGGCGAAGAUGAAGACGACGGCGCUCGUGCAGCGUUGGCGGAGGCCGCGAAGAAGGCUGCUGUCGAGACUCACGCGGCGGCGCAGUGCAUUUUGAAGCUGGGCGACAUUCUCGACCAAGUGGCUGCAGCCUCGAACAAAAAGGACUACCAAGGCAACCAGCCUCUCCCGGCGGGACUGACGAUGUCGAGAGAGCAGCAACUGCUCAAUCGGUCCUGGCUGCUCCACUGGGCAGUCUGGCCGCUCUUCCGAUACUACUUCUUGAUGGUUCACACCAAGCAGUUCAUUCCGCGAAACCAGGCCUGGAGCCUCAUGGUCGAGUGGGUUCUCCACGAAGGAAACCUUUCUUGCGUCACCGUCGUUUGCCCGCAUCUCCUGCGAUAUUACGCGGUGUACGCCAUUCUCAACCGCAAGAGAAAAGAUCACUUCCAAGCUGUCAUUACGGCGAUUGGCCAAGGCAAGAACCGCUACACCGACCCUUUCACCUCUCUCUUGGAGGCUCUCUUCCUGGAUUUCAACUUCGACGAGGCUCAGCUACACAUUGCCCGAAUUGGAGAGGAGUGUGACUCGGACUUCUUCCUUCAGCCGCUGAAGGGCGCGAUCAAUGAGUUUGCGCGCUUGCUCAUCUUCGAGACAUACUGCCGCAUUCACAAGUGCAUCAACGUCGACAUGAUCGCAAAGAAAGUGAACAUGUCGCCCGAAGCUGCGGAGCGCUGGAUUGUGAAUCUUAUCCGCCACGCACGUCUUGAGGCACGUAUUGACAGCGAGAAGAAUCGCGUCCAGAUGUCAGCCGCGCCUCCCAAUCUCUACCAGCAAGUCAUUGAUAAAACACGAAAUCUUUGCAUCCGCUCGAACUUGAUCCUUCAAAACAUUGCCCGGCCUGCGGGCUUCACUGGCCGCGAUGGCGACGACGCUGUCACCUCCAGAACCAAUCGACAGAGAGGACGUGGACGCCAGUGGGUCCAAGGAGAAGGGGACGGGUUCUACCGCGGUGAAGGCGGCGGUCGUGGUGGCCGAGGCGGGCGCGGAGACAGAGGACACAUGGGCGACGGAAGGAGAGAUCCGAUGGCUGCAGUGGCGGCCUCGAUGGCGAGUCGACGACAAGACGACACUGCGUUCGCGGCGUAA